CGAUGGAUGCUGAAAGAAGCGAGAGCCUAAAUAUUGUUCGGAAUGGUAACAAAAGAAAUGACAGCGUACGCACCACAACCGCCGAAAAAGAAAAUAGAUCGUUUUCAUGAGAUGAAAUAUUCUUGUAAUAGUGACAAUGAUGGACACUGUGCCUAACGACGCAUUGUCGACACCGGAAAAUUCCAACUAUAUAAGCGGAUUGAACCAUCAACUGGAACUAUUUGUUCAUUGAUCGUCAACCAGAUUCGAUGUGUGAAAUUCAAGAAGCGUUCUCAAUCAUUUUUCUUCGGAUCAUUUCAACGACUACGCACUAUUGAUUCAAAUAGUGGCCGUCCAUUUGUACGUUGCUAACUAAUACGCAACAGCAUUUUAUUGCCUGGAUAUUGAUCGCUUUUAGAGCGAAUAAAGUUCAGUGAUAGUUUGGUUUUUUCUAAAUUCAAAAUGGGGAAAGAGAUACUAAAAAUUGUGAUAGCCGCGUUUAUUUCGUCGAGUAUCAUCGUUGGUGCGCAUGUUUUCAAGGAUUAUAAGAAUAAGGAAUUGGUGCUUACAUCAGUUUAUGAUGCAAUGAAAAAUAAUGUGCAACAAGAUAUGCAAAAUAAACUCAACCAAGACGAAGUUCUGUCUGACUCACGCAAUAAGCGCAAUACAAACACAAAUGAAAAACUGGAAUAUUACGAUCAAAUACCCAGCGAAUCACAGAAUGAAUGGUCCAUUGUAAAUGCUCCGUUAACCAGUGAUUUAGUUUGUACGCGUCGUGGUGAUCAUUCCCAAACAAAGAUCACCGUCAGUGAUCACAAUACCGGAUUAACCGUAGCACUCUUAAUCAAAUACGGAUUCGUUUUGUUGGCCGCCCUUGCUUUGCCUGUGAUUUUAUUCAAAGUAUUUGUGUUGCCAUUCAAAAUCCUGUUGGGUCUUAAGGCAAUAUCAUUGUUGAACAGCUUGCUAUUGGGAUCUCUACUGCUUAAGUACAAAUUUUCAAAGCCAUACGGCGGCCAUGGAGGAUACAUUCCGGGCACAAUUCCCGGUUCGACAACGGCAGCUUCAUCGUCCUCAUCGUCGUCGUCAUCGGCUGUAUCGGCAGCAGGCAAUAGCCUUGAACUGAGGUACCACGAUCUUUAA